CUCCGCCCUUCUCAGGGGGACGCGUCUAGGUCUGGGCAGCGUCCGCCGCGGCGGCGCUCUGAAAGGGGACGGACAGCCAAGGCCCUCCCCGGGCUCGACUGCGUCCUUGUCCCGGUCACCGCCCUCGAGGCGGGCCUGCCUCCUGAAGAGGGAUGCGGGUAAGGCACGUCCCCGUCCGUUCCUUGGCUCGCAGCGCUGGAAAGCCGGGCCCAAGACGCACCGCUGUCGGGCGGUGUCCAGAACAAGCUCUGUAACCAGGAUCGGGCGCCUUAACGUUGUUCCUACCACACCCACACUGCUUGCUCUGGAAUCUCCCGCACACAGCGCCAGGCACUGCACUUGGUGCCAGCUGAAAAUGUGUGUCUAAAAUGCAAGCUCAGCUGAGCAGAAACCUUAGGACAGCCUCGCCCUGUCCUCUAAAAUUGGAUCAUGAAGGUAUUUGAAAAAAAUUAUUUCUGGAUGUUGCUUCCACUUCUUCGCUUGAUAGCAGAUGCUGCGGAACAUGAAGAGGUAGCAAAACAUGCCAUCAAAUUACACCGAGGCAGAGCGGCAGCCACCACUCAGAGGAGGCAGUGGGUCCUCGACAGCUGCAGAAAGCUCUCCGGGCUUCUUCGCCAAAAGGCGGUGGUUCUUAACAAGCUGAAAAGUGCAAUCAGAGCGGUAGAAAAAGACGUUAGCCUGUCAGAUGAGGAGAAACUGUUUCAGGUGCACACAUUUGAAAUUUUCCAAAAAGAGCUGAAUGAAAGUGAAAAUUCAGUGUUCCAAGCCAUCUACGGACUGCAGAGAGCCCUGCAGGGAGAUUACAGGGAUGUCGUGAACAUGAAGGAGAGCAGCAGGCAGCGCCUGGAGGCCCUGAGGGAGGCCGCGAUAAAGGAAGAAACAGAGUAUGUGGAACUUCUGGCAGCGGAAAAACACCAAGCCGAGGCCCUCAAAAAUAUGCAACAUCAAAACAAAAGUUUAUCCAUGCUUGACGAAAUUCUUGAAGACGUGAGAAAGGCAGCCGACCGACUAGAGGAAGAAAUAGAAGAGCAUGCUUUUGAUGACAAUAAAUCAGUGAAAGGGGUCAACUUUGAGGCAGUUCUCAGAGUGGAGGAGGAGGAGGCCAACUCCAAGCAAAACCUCACCAGGCGGGAGGUGGAGGACGACUUGGGCCUCAGCAUGCUGAUCGACUCGCAGAACAACCGGUACAUCCUGACCAAGCCCCGGGACGCGACGAUCCCGCGUGCGGACCACCACUUCCUCAAGGACAUCGUUACCAUAGGGAUGCUGUCUUUACCUUGCGGCUGGCUGUGCACAGCAGUCGGGCUGCCCACGAUGUUUGGUUAUAUCGUUUGCGGCGUACUUCUGGGCCCGUCAGGACUCAACAGUAUCAAGUCUGUUGUGCAGGUGGAGACCUUAGGAGAGGUUGGCGUGUUCUUUACUCUGUUUCUUGUGGGCCUGGAGUUCUCCCCAGAAAGGCUGAGGAAGCAGGUGACGUGGACUACAGCGCGGUGCUGCUGGGGAUGCUCGUGGUGCAGGACGUGCAGCUGGGCCUGUUCAUCGCCGGCCUGCCCACCCUCAUCCAGGCCGGGGCCGGCGCCUACUCCAGUCUGCUGCUGGCGACAAAUUCUCCUCGUUUUGCUUCCACCGAGAAGAUGUUCUCCUCCACCGUCCUGGAGGACAUUGUUACAGGACACGGAUUGUGCGGGGCGGUCCUCUCCUUCCAGCACUUGGGGAGCUGCUGCCUCUCUCGGGCCACUGAUGGCUUCAGUGGGAAAUUGUGUUUCUCUAAACGCAGGAUAUGGAGAAUUACUUACCAUUGUCAUGGAGACUCUGCGGAUCCUGGCCUUGGUUGGUCAGAUUCUUUUCUCGCUGGCUGCUGCUUUUCUUCUGUGUCUUGUUAUAAAGACUUACCUCAUUGGACCAUAUUAUCGGAAACUGCAUAUGGAGAGCAAAGGGAACAAAGAAAUCCUUAUCUUAGGAAUCUCUGCUUUCAUCUUUUUAAUGUUAACGGUCACGGAGCUGCUGGACGUGUCCAUGGAGCUGGGCUGCUUCCUGGCCGGAGCGCUCAUCUCUUCCCAGGGCCACAUGGUCACCGAGGAGAUCGUGUCUUACAUGGAGCCCAUCCGUGACUUCCUGGUCAUCAUUUUCUUCGCCUCCAUAGGACUGCACGUGUUCCCCACGUUUGUGGCGUACGAGCUCAGCGUCCUGAUGGUCCUCACGCUGUCGGUGGUGACCAUGAAGUUUGCCCUGGCAGCCCUGGUCUUGUCUGUCCUCCUGCCGAAGAGCAGCCAGUACAUCAAGUGGAUCGUGGCUGCGGGGCUGGCGCAGGUCAGCGAGCUGUCCUUUGUCUUGGGGAGCAGAGCGCGCAGAGCUGGCAUCAUUUCUCGGGAGGUGUACCUCCUGAUCCUGAGCGUGACCACCCUCAGCCUCCUGCUGGCCCCGGUCCUGUGGAGAGCCGCCAUCGCCAGGUGUGUGCCUCGGCCGGAGAGGCGGUCGAGCCUCUGAGGCACCGACGCCCGCGCGGGACGUGCACUCUUGGGACACGUCCAGGGCCGCACGUCCUGUGAGCCCCUUGCCUCGGACAGAGCGCUCCGCGGAGGGGCUGCCGUGCGCCCAGCCUGACGCUCGCUGUUCCUGCUUAGCCCCGGGUCGUCCAGACCAGGCUGGUGCGUUCAGCGACCACGUCCAGUACGUAACGCUGCAUUCUGCGGGUCCCCCUGACUUCUGCCUGGAUGUGCCUUUUUUUCGGAAGUCAAUGUUCACUCUAUUGUUAACUCAUCCGUUCGUCAUCAGUUCAUGAUUUUCUGGUAAAAAAAAUCAGAAAGGUUUUUAUUUAUUCAAUUUUUGUGUUAUCAUCUGGUCAAUGUUUGUUAUUAAACAUCUCUGUGAUGUGCAGUUUUAAUUUUGGCAGUGAGUUUAGAAAGUCAGUUUAAUCCUUACUGCCUGUGUUUUCUAAAUUGACAAAGACCUUCUAAAUGUCUAUUUGUUUUUAUUAUAAUUUUAAAUAAAACACUCAUCAAUUUUUUAAUUAGGAAUAUCAUUCUUUUAAAAUAUUUGUUUUGAAUCACAAGAAUAUGCAUGCUUUAAUAAAGAUUAUUUAUGAUCAGAGUAA